UUUAUUGUUUUGAGCAUGUCCAUUCAAAGUGUGGUGGUGCAUAUUUGUGAGGGGUCUAGUGCUGUACUAAGGCCCUGAUAAACACAAAUGACCUUAUAGUCUUGAUCACUCUAAAUUUCUUAAAAAUCUCUUAAAAUGGUAUCUGAGUUUAUUGUUUUAUGAAGCCCUAGACUGCUCUUUUUGUAUAUCUUUCUAACCGUAAUGAUGAGAUGAAAUUUUUAUUAAGCUAUACAAUUUGAUGCUGUGAGCAUAAAUUUGAUAAAAAGAAUUCUUUCCAGGGUUCGAGGUUUCUAGAUCGCCUUGCCUGGGUGGUGGACACAGAGGGAGAGAAGGCCCCUUCUCAGAAAGGACUCGGCGGUCCUUCUGUUUUUUAUUUACUGAAGAGGAAAUAUAUAUCAAAUAUAUUGUCAACAUGGGACGAAGAUCCACAUCCUCCACCAAGAGUGGGAAGUUUAUUAACCCCACAGACCAAGCCAGAAAGGAAGCCAGGCAGAGAGAAUUGAAAAAGAACAAAAAACAGCGCAUGAUGGUCCGAGCUGCAGCUUUGAAGAUGAAAGAUCCCAAACAGAUUAUCCGGGACAUGGAGACCCUGGAUGCAAUGGCGUUUAACCCAGUGCAACAGCCACAGCUGCAUGAGAAAGUACUGAAAGCUAAGCUGAAAAGGCUGCGGGAAAUGUUUGAAAGAAUUCUACACCUUUAUCAAAAAGAAAACCCAGAUUUGUACAAAGAAUUGAGACAGCUACAGGUAGCGUAUGAACAAAAGAGAAAUCAACGGAUCCAGUAUUUUGAUGCGGUCAAGAACGCUCAGCAUGUGGACUUAGAGAGCAUCCCUUUGCCAGACAUGCCCCAUGCUCCUUCCAAAGUCUUCAUCCAGGACAUUCCCCUUCCUGGUGCCCAGCCGCCCUCCAUCCUGAGGAAAGCCUCAGCAUACGGGCCUCCAACCCCAGCAGUUCCUGUCCUGCCUCUCCAGGGUCCUGGUGUUCCACAUUUGCCCCCUGGCAGAAAACCACCCGGCCCUCCACCUGGCCCUCCUCCUUCUCAAGUUCUGCUGGUGGAUGGCUGUAAAGAGGGCUUUGCUCUAGGUCUUCCCCCUCAGAGACAAGAUGAAGUCAUGCUGUACAGCCCAGAGCUUGCUCAGCGUGGUCAUGAUGAGGACAUGUCCAGCACCAGGGAGGAGGAUGGCUAUCCGGAGGACAUGGAGCAAGAUACACAUCAUGAGAGUACUGGGGACAGAGACCCUGACAGAUUGGACUCAGAGAGUCACCCCAGUGGUACUGAGAGCAACAAGACUGAAGAGAAAAGGUCAGGUCUGAGGGUGCGAUGUGCUGAUAAGCCUGGGAAAUCAAGGAAGAACAGCAUAAAGGAGCUGACUCCUCUUCAAGCCAUGAUGCUGCGAAUGGCAGGUCAGGAAAUCCCUGAGGAAGGACGGGGAGUAGAGCAAUUUUCAGAGGAGCAGGAUGAGCAAGACUCUAAAGGUUCUGAAGUGUGGAAACAAUCGCAGAAGCAGGAUAAAGAAGAUUCCCACUCUGAGGGCACAACUGCUGCCUCUUCACAACACCAGGCUCCUCCACAGUCCAUUCCUCCUCAGACACAAGCACCUCCCAUGCCAGGACCACCUCUUCUACCUCCUGGACCACCUACAGGCCCUCCUCCUGGGCCACCUCCAAAGGCUACUGCAUUCCUGAGACCACCUGGAAUGCCAGGAAUUCAAGGACCUCCUCCUGGUAGACCUCCUGGCCCUUCCCCAGGUCCUCCUCCAGGUCUACCCCCUCAGCCCCAGCAAGGACCUCUGCCAAGGCUUCCUCAUGCACUUCCACGGAUCCCUCCUCAUCCUGGGAUGAUUUGCCCAUCCUUGGUGCCUCCUCUUAAACCUGCUACACCUUCCCUUUACACAACUGGUCUCUUGCCCAACCCAGGGGUGGUGACUGCCCUGCCCAGCCUCAUUCAGGGACCAAAGGCAGAAGGUGCAAGUGUAGUCACCAUGGAGAAGAAAGCCACAGUGACCAUCAGUGCCAAGCCCCAGAUCACUAAUCCCAAGGCAGACAUCACACGGUUCGUGCCCACUGCACUGAGAGUGCGACGUGAGAAUAAAGAUGAUGUUGUUUUCCAAAGAAGGUUGGAGGAUGAGGCUGCUGUGCCCAUUGCUAAAGCAGCCCCAAGAUGGGGUCCCUCAUUUCCUGCUUCAGCCCAAACUAAGGACGAUGCUUAUGAAGCGUUUAUGAAAGAGAUGGAAGGGCUGCUGUGACAGAGUCUCCUGCCAGGACAGGCUUCUCUCCAGAGGACUGGAUUGUGGAACAACAGACUCUUGCUAAACUUAGAGGGAAGAGCAAUGUCCACUGUCAGGUGUUGUCCAAGUCCCGUUCCAGGAGCCUCCUAAUGUUUGCCUGCUGGGAUCCCCCACACAACGCGUUUCUUUAUAAUCGACCAGGACGUGAAGGAAUGAACGCUGCCAACCCGUUUCCUAUGAAACCACCACAUCCUCCGUCUCAUCCCCUCUCUAUUUUCGGAAUUCUGUAAGGGAGGUCUUAGCUACUCGUUUUCACUCAUGUGCAGUGGGGACUAGAGUAGAAAAUUCUGGAGGAAAAAAGAUUAUUCCAACUUGACUUUUGUGAUUGAGUUAUAUUUAAUAUUUUCCUGUAAAUAUUUUGUAAUAUUUUCCUUGUACUGAAUGGAUUGCAAUAUCCCUACUAAUUCAACGCUUGGUACAUGGGAAGAAAUAUACAAAUCUGGGAUUAAAGAUAAUUUUCCAAAAGCUAAAGUCUUUGCGUGUUUUAUAUAGAAAUAAAAU